CCCCCUGUUGGGGGCUCAGUCCAAAACGGAAACGCAGUGUAUGGAGUAGAGGAGCGGCUUGACAGAGCGUUGGAGACAAGAUGGCGGCGUUACGGGUCGUGGUGCUCUCCGGCAGCGGGAGAGCCCUCCUCGGCACUCCCAAAACCAUAAAGACACCCAAGGCCAACAUGUCUUUUGCCAGCCUGCCUCGCAGCAAAAAGAUGGCCCUGACGACACUCGGCGUGGUCACAGCUGGCGGGGCGGGGCUCGCCAUGAUGCUGCACCAGUCUGUCAAAGCCUCAGAUCUGGAGCUCCACCCACCUAACUACCCGUGGAGCCACGGCGGACUCCUCUCGUCUCUAGACCACGCCAGCAUUCGCCGUGGUUACCAGGUGUACAAGCAGGUGUGCUCGGCCUGUCACAGCAUGGAGUACCUGGCGUUUAGGAACCUGCAGGGGGUGUCACACACCGAGGAGGAGGUUAAGACCCUCGCUGAAGAGGUGGAGGUAGUUGAUGGACCUGAUGAUACCGGGGAGAUGUUCACCCGUCCCGGGAAGCCUUCCGACUACUUCCCCAAACCCUACUCCAACCCCGAGGCCGCCAGGGCGGCCAACAACGGCGCCCUCCCGCCAGACCUUAGUUACAUCGUCAACGCCAGGCAUGGCGGGGAGGACUACGUGUUCAGCCUCCUGACGGGAUACUGCGAGCCUCCUGCAGGAGUGGCAGUAAGGGAGGGGCUCUACUACAACCCUUACUUCCCUGGGCAGGCUAUUGGAAUGGCCCCGCCCAUCUACAACGAGAUUCUGGAAUACGACGACGGAACGCCCGCCACCAUGAGCCAGGUGGCUAAAGACGUGUGCACCUUCUUGAGGUGGGCGGCGGAGCCAGAGCAUGACCAGCGUAAACGCAUGGGACUCAAGCUCUUGAUGGGGUCGGCCAUCUUGGUGCCUCUCCUCUACUACAUGAAACGACACAGGUGGUCGGUGCUCAAAAGUAGGAAGAUCGCCUACAGGCCGCCUAAAUAGACAUGCAUGGAGCAUGUGAGGGGAACUAGACACAUGCAUUGACACACAAACUGACAGUUACACACACACGUCUUUCUCAGUGUAUUCCUCCAGAAACGAUAACCUUGCUCGCGUGUGAAGCGCGUGUCAAAGUUGUUUAUCUGCUGGCAACAAUCGACGUGUGUCAACAUCUGGUUUGAUUGUCUGUUUGUUAAAUUCUCAACGACCAUGUGAGGAUCACACCUCUGUUUUACUGUACAAAAUAAAUUAUAUGAAAUGAAACUUUUCAGUUGAAACACUACUCUUUAAAUAUGCAGUAGUUAUUCAGUUAAUCAUUUAUUACAUGGAAUCACCAUCAAGCUACCCAAAGGAUACAAGCACACAGUAUUGAAGUAACAUGUUUAAUCUGCAAUAACAAACUCUUGAACACAUCAAAGUCUUCAGUACAAUAUAAUAAAAGGUGACUUUCUCAGUAAAAAAAAAGAAAAAAAAUGUAGUUAUUUUCCUGAACAUAGCCUUUCCAUUUUGAUUUUAUUCAUAAAAGUUUAUUUCUUGUUUGAAGGAAUGUCAACAUUCAGUCACAUGGUCCCAAAUGGCAGAAUCAAUUGAACUUCUUAUUCUAAUCUACAUUGUAUAAAUUUAUGAGGUCGUUAUCAUGCAUCACUGGUUUGCUUAAAUCGUUCUGAAAAAUCUAACUUCUAAAGUUAUGGGAAUGAAGACGUACUCAUCAUCUGUGGGGAUGUGUGAUCAUUUGACAAAAAUAAAUAAAAUAUGAACAGGAAAAGCUCUGAGAUGCUCAAAACUCCAAAUAAAAAAAUCCUGCUUCGGUCUCAUCCUUU